CGCGAUCUAGGAUCCCCCACCCCUCGCUGUGAGGGGAAAUUCCAACGACUUCCGGCUCAGUCAGGUCGUGGCACCGUCGUAAAAUUCCAUCGAAACCCAGUAAAUGGCUGUUGCGGAGUAGAGCGCCAUGGUCCUCAAACAAUGAGACCGCCAUGGACUCGAUAACACAAACUGCCUCUGGUACUGAGGUGACCCAUAAGGCGGAACUUAUCUGCAGUGUUUCACAAAGAACCCCCCUACGUGUGACAUGUCACUGUGCUGCCCACUACGCUUCAUGAAUAACGAACCAUGAUUCGGGAGGACCAUCCUUCUGAACUCAUCGAAUGCUCGAAUGCCGACUUUAUCCAAACAUAUUUUCAACGAAACUUCCUUGAUGAUACAUUGGUGGAUAGCAUAGUAGAAAAGUUGAGGGGUGGUAAUGUCCUGUUGAAGAAUGGUUGGCCCGAUCUUCGCGUUGAAAACGACACGUUCGCACCUCUCUCCAGAGUCGCUUCGGCCAUUGCAAAGGUCGCCGAGUCCUGCGGUGUUAAGGAAAAGCGGAACUUUUGGGUUGUGUCGAACCCCACGAAAGCGGGCGAGUUCGACACUAUGGGAUAUCGACAUUUCCCUGAUGUGCGAUGUGUUAGCAACGACACAAAAAUCCAGCUUUGCUGCCCCGAACGCGUAGCCAACAAAAAUGCCAGUAACCAUAUACAACCCGAUGAAGAAAACGAAGGACGAUUCUCUCGUGCGGCUCACAAUGUAUCUGUAUUGGGGGAACUAAAGCCCCACGACGCGAAGGCCACAGCUCAGGACGUCAGUCUCGUGGCACCUCUACUUCCAUGGUUAACUCCCUUUUUCUCCUCAGGAUGAGAAGAAACUUCUCUUCGCAGCCAAUGAAAUCAUGUUUGAUGAUCCGACCAGGCGAUUCAUAUUUGGGUUCACCAUAGAGGCGACAACGAUGCAGAUUUGGUUCUUCUGCCGAUCGCACAUUGCCAGGUGCGAGAAGUUCAACUACCAUCAGGAACCACGACCAUUCAUUAAAUUCCUGUUGGCGGUAAUGUUUGGCAGUCGGGAGCAGCUUGGUUGGGAUCCUACGGUAACACGACUUUCGAAAACGGUGAACGGUUCGAAUAUAAUCGGUUACGAGUACAAGAUCGGUCGCAGAACAUUUCACACUAUCGGAAACCCAAUCUCUGAACUUUCAGCAUAUCAUCUUGUUUCCCCAGCGACGCGAGUCUGGAAAGUAGUCACCCAGACUGGGACAUCUGGUUCGAUGUAUGUGCUCACCGACGUUCGGCCAUACAAGGAUGCCAAGCUCGAGAAGGAAAUUCUGGACGAUAUGUUCGACAAGUUGGCCAAGGUUGACAAGGAGAAUAGCAGAAAUGGCACACCUACCACGCAUGCAGAGGCCGCGAAGCCCUUCUUCCUCACUAUCUUGGAGGAUGGGCCCGUGGCAAACACUGAGGGCGAGAACGACGUCACUGUGCUCCCCCCUACUUAUCAGCAGGUCCAGUGGACUGAUGCCCAACAAUUGUGCAUAAGGUUUAGCUCGAGAGACCUCAUCAGCGAUGGUCUUCCUUUGCCCGACCCGUAUAAGCUCCAUGUUCGUCGGUUUGAGAGACGGAAACAUGUACGCCGUUUGGUGAAGGAGAUCUGCGAGAGCGUAUAUGAAUUGACUGACAUGCUGCAGUUUAUCAAGUGCAUGAAAGAUGUACUCCGAGGUCUGUUCUACCUGCGCUUGGCUGGGUAUGUCCAUCGUGACGUCAGCCCUGGAAACUGCCUGUUCCAUCUGAACCAAGGCAAAGUGUCCGAUGUGGAAUUCGGAAAGCACGAAUCAAGUUGUACGGUUCAUGAUCCCAUCACGGGAACAAAGGAAUUUAUGGCUGUGGAAUAUGCCGAUGGCAAUUAUCUAUAUGUCUCUCAACUAGCACCUCACCUCCGGACUGGUCCCUCCAGGAUAUUGUCACUCCCAUCGCUCUCAAUAGACGUUGACAGACGUGUUAUCUUCAACUACUACCAUGAUGUGGAGUCCGUAGCAUGGAUUUAUCUAUGGUUUCUCCAUAAUCGGUUUCCGUCGUCCAUCCACAAAGCAUUGACACCGAACAAGCGGGCUGAGCUACGGAAGCUUUACGAAGAGAGCAGUCGGUACUUUUGGGCUGUAUCGGUCUGGAGGGCGAACGUCGUCACGGGCAUAUCGUCGAUACUCACGGAACUCGCGAGACGUUUUAUUAGUCUCUAUGCAGGGAAUGAAGAAUUGGUAAUGCCGCUUGCGCUGUUUGAGGACCUGCGAGAAGCAUACGAAAACCUCGAGAAGGAACCUCAGGAACCUCGCACACAGGAUCCUUGUUUCCAUUGGCCGAGAUCCUUAUUUUCUCUCAAAUUAUACGAAACCUACAUUGCCUGUUUCCAGGAGAUACUUGAUAAACAGAACAGUCGGGGUAUCUUCACUAUUCCAGUCAAAGCCACUUGUAUAUUGUUGGAGUCUGAGUAAUAGCGCAGGUGCUGCACAAUAGGCCAGAUGCCUGAGCCCUACUUGGAGUCUGACUCAAAUGCAAGAACAUAAGUUACGCUCCGAUUGCUGUGCGGUUACCUCGGCUCUCUCGGAGUACCAUGGCCCC